AUGGCUGCUCGUCCCCUGCCACUCCAGGGUGUCCGCGCUGUUGAGCUUGCAGGACUAGCUCCAGGACCCUUUGCUGGCCUCUUGCUUGCGGACUACGGAGCGAGCGUCUUGCGAGUCGACAGACCUCACCCAAAUUCGCACUCGGCUUCCGGUCCUCUGCCGCCCUCGACCGUCGACACCCUAACUCGUCACAAAUCCUCUGUGAGUCUCGAUCUCAAAGCGCCGGCGUCAAGGGAGAUAUUGCUAUCCUUGAUUCGCAAUGCCGACGUGUUGAUCGAUCCUUUCCGCCCAGGUGUAUUGGAGAAGCUGGGCCUCUGCCCCUCGACAGUUUUGCUACAAGAAAAUCCGCGUUUGAUAGUCGCUCGCAUGACCGGCUUCCGUCGCGAUGGGAAAUACAAGGACAUGGCCGGACAUGAUAUCAACUAUAUAGCCGUAUCUGGCGUUCUCAGCAUGCUAGGACGCUCGGGGGAGGCCCCAUACCCCCCAGGAAACAUCCUGGGCGACUUUGGAGGAGGAGGAGCUGUCUGUUUUCUGGGCAUUCUGCUGGCACUUCUGUCGCGCCAAAGCACAGGAAGAGGCCAGGUGGUGAACGCAAAUAUGGUCGAUGGCUCGUCGUACCUUGCAACUAUGCCACGCCUGUCUCGCAAAACUCCAAUGUGGAAUAACCCGCGCGGGACCAACUUCCUGGAUGGGGGAUGCCCGUACUAUGCGACGUACGAGACGAAAGAUGCCGGGAAUUAUUUUGCCAUUGGCCCCCUGGAGCCACAAUUCUUCCAGGAGCUCUUGCGUGGCUUGCAACUCUCGCCUUCGGAUAUAUUCCAGCCCGAAUCGAGCCAGGUGCGCGAGGAUUCCAGUACGUGGCCAUAUAUGCGAAGCGUCUUUGAGAAGAGAUUCAAGGAGAAAACGAGAAAGGAGUGGGAGGCCAUCUUCGACGGAACAGACGCCUGUGCAACACCUGUCUUAACUAUGGAUGAAUUGGAAGGCGAAGGAUACGACCAGCGCCUAGCGGUCGAUCUGUCCGAUACUCCAGGCUUGGAAUUCUCGCCUCAAGAUGGUGGGUGGUCCGCAGACGGUCUAAGCCCGGGCGCAGGAGGGGAGGAAACGCUCAACCGAUGGCUAGGUUGGGAACGAGGAAAGCAUUAUCAGGUGAAGAAUGGGGCUUUGGUAAGGGUUGCGGAGCCCAAAUUGUAG